AUGGCAUACGCCCUGCGAAAGCUGGAGCUGAUAGCAGCCGCUGAGUUACUGGACGUCCGGGAGUACUUGGAGCCCUUGGUCCAAAGGAAGCUACUUCUGCCGGCGGCGCCCAUAAGCCCCAACUGCGAGGAUGCUUUUAUGAUGGGUUUCUACAAGAAGCUGAGCAAUCGCAUCCACAGCGGAGGAUUUCCUCUCUUCCCCUUUGAUGAAGAGGUCCAGGUGCCUGCUGAUGCCAA